UGCCUCUUAGCAAAGUUGGUGGUGCCUUUUUCAGUCUCUUUAUCUGCUUAUUGAAUGUAUAUUUCCAUGAAGGAAAAAACACCCAUCUGUGAAUUCCUAAUCCUUCUGGCAAAAAAACUGGCCACUAGUUAUUGGUGGUUUCUGUAGCUCUUAGCAUGAGAGAGUUGUGCUGGAAUUCUCUUUGUCAUAUACUUUUGGUGUAUAAAAGCAAGUCUCUUUGUGAGGGGUCUACAAGACCUGAUAAGAUGAUAAUGCUGAUGUUGUGGGGGAUGCUCGCAGUUGGAUAUGAGGCUACUGAAUCUGCAUAAUUACAACUACUCUUUAACUUAGGCUUUGUUGGGAUUGAGCUAGCAUUGUUAUAUUGAGUUAUGGAGGCCCAGCACGGCGUAUUAGUGGCUGGAUGGUUUGAGUUAUCAGUUAUGGGGGUUGGGAGAAAUGGGUUGUGGGGUGUUUUGGAAUUGGGUUGUCCUGGUAGAUAAGUGGAAGCCUGAGAAUUUCCUAUUGACAUUACCUACAUGAUAGUAAGGUUAGGCUUCUUGGUUGCAGCUUCAAUUGCAGCCUAUGGAGUUCAGCAGUUCAACAUCAAAAACUCAAGGUCGCGUGCCUCUCGAGGCAAGCCUUCAGAAAAUGGUGAAGCAAGCUUUGAAGAGGACCAGAAUAAAGAGGAACGUAAAGAGCAGCUCACAUGUUCUGAUGAUUACCUCAAAGAGGUGGAUGGGGAGGAGGAAGAGGAGAAAGAAGAGGUUAAAUUAAUUAGUAGUGAAAUAAACUGGGAUCUGAGUAUUCCACCUGAUAUCGAAGAUGAAGAAAUUUUACCUGAAUUUGAAGACCUUUUGUCUGGGGAGAUUGAUAUUCCAUUACCUAGUGACAAGUUUGACACAGAAACCGCUGCCAAGGUGGAGAGAGAAAGAGUUUAUGAAACUGAGAUGGCAAACAAUGCAAAUGAACUGGAGCGGCUGCGCAACCUAGUGAAGGAAUUGGAAGAGAGGGAAGUGAAGCUUGAAGGUGAAUUGCUUGAGUACUAUGGUCUGAAGGAGCAGGAGACGGACAUUGCUGAGUUACAAAGGCAACUUAAGAUCAAGACUGUUGAAAUUGACAUGCUGAAUAUCACCAUUAGUUCUUUGCAGGCUGAGAGGAAGAAGCUUCAAGAUGAGGUUGCACUGGGUGUUUCUGCAAGGAAGGAGCUUGAAGUGGCAAGGAAUAAAAUCAAGGAAUUGCAGAGGCAGAUUCAGGUUGAAGCUAACCAGACAAAAGGCCAUUUGUUGUUGCUUAAACAACAAGUUUCUGGUCUUCAGACAAAGGAGCAGGAAGCUAUCAAGAAAGAUGCCGAGAUUGAGAAGAAGCUUAAAGCUGCAAAGGAGUUAGAGGUAGAAGUUGUGGAGCUUAAGAGGAGGAACAAAGAACUUCAGCAUGAAAAAAGAGAGCUACUAGUUAAGUUGGAUGGUGCUGAAGCUAGAGUAGCAGCCCUCUCAAAUAUGACAGAGAGUGAAAUGGUCGCCAAGGCAAGAGAAGAUGUGAAUAAUUUAAGACAUGCAAAUGAAGACCUUUUAAAGCAAGUGGAAGGGCUCCAGAUGAACAGAUUCAGUGAGGUUGAAGAGCUAGUGUACCUUCGUUGGGUCAAUGCUUGCUUAAGGUAUGAACUUCGGAAUUACCAGACACCUGGAGGAAAGAUAUCAGCGCGUGAUCUUAGCAAGAGCUUGAGCCCCAGAUCGCAAGAGAGGGCUAAACAGCUGAUGUUAGAAUACGCAGGAUCAGAACGUGGGCAAGGGGACACAGAUCUUGAAAGCAACUUUUCCCAUCCAUCCUCUCCUGGAAGUGAGGAUUUCGACAAUGCUUCCAUAGAUAGUUCAACUAGUAGAUAUAGUAGUCUAAGUAAGAAACCUAGCUUAAUUCAAAAGCUGAAGAAAUGGGGCAAAAGUAGAGAUGAUUCUAGUGUUCUUUCAUCACCAGCUAGAUCCUUUGGGGGAGGCUCCCCAGGCAGAACUAGCAUAAGCCUACGUCCAAGGGGUCCAUUAGAAGCCUUAAUGCUAAGAAAUGCAGGUGAUGGAGUGGCCAUCACUACAUUUGGUAAGAUUGAUCAGGAAGCUCCUGAAUCUCCUGAAACUCCAAAUCUGUCACACAUUAGAACAAGGGUUUCUUCUAGUGACUCACUGAAUAAUGUUGCAGCAUCAUUCCAAUUGAUGUCAAAAUCAGUGGAAGGAGUUUUAGAUGAAAAGUAUCCUGCAUAUAAAGACCGUCAUAAACUGGCCUUAGAGAGGGAGAAACAAAUUAAGGAAAAAGCUGAGAAAGCAAGAGCAGAGAGGUUUGGUGACAGUUCAGAUUUGAAGUAUGAGUCUAGGGCCAAAGCAGAGAGAGACAAAUCUGUCACUUUGCCUCCAAAACUAGCAAGGAUAAAGGAAAAACCCCUUGUUUCCGCUGAUUCAAGUGAUCAAUCCAUUGACAGCAAGAUGGAGGAUUCUCAAGUGGCGAGCAAGAUGAAACUUGCUCACAUUGAAAAGAGGGCUCCUAGAGUGCCACGCCCACCUCCUAAACCUUCAGGAGGGGCUCCUGCAGGUCCAGGUGCUAAUCCUUCGAGUGGAGUACCACCUCCUCCACCUCCUCCUCCAGGUGCCCCGCCACCCCCACCCCCACCUGGUGGACCGCCUCGUCCACCGCCCCCACCAGGAAGCCUCCCAAGAGGGGCAGGAAGUGGAGAUAAAGUUCAUCGGGCUCCUGAACUAGUUGAAUUCUAUCAGACACUGAUGAAACGUGAGGCGAAGAAGGACACACCAUCUUUGGUCUCUUCAACAUCUAAUGCAGCAGAUGCCAGGAGCAACAUGAUUGGUGAAAUUGCAAACAAAUCAUCAUUCCUUUUAGCUGUGAAAGCUGAUGUGGAAACUCAAGGUGAUUUUGUCCAGUCAUUGGCAACUGAAGUUCGAGCUGCUUCCUUUACCAAAAUAGAAGAUCUGGUGGCCUUUGUGAACUGGUUAGAUGAAGAGCUCUCCUUCUUGGUUGAUGAACGGGCCGUUCUCAAGCACUUUGAUUGGCCUGAAGGGAAAGCAGAUGCAUUAAGAGAAGCAGCCUUUGAAUAUCAAGACUUGAUGAAAUUGGAGAAGCGAGUCUCUACUUUUGAAGAUGAUCCCAAACUGUCAUGUGAAGCUGCUCUAAAGAAAAUGUACUCAUUGCUCGAAAAAGUGGAACAGAGUGUUUAUGCACUCCUACGUACGCGGGACAUGGCCAUUUCAAGAUAUAGGGAGUUUGGAAUUCCUGUUGACUGGCUUCUAGAUUCUGGAGUUGUUGGCAAGAUUAAACUUUCGUCUGUACAACUGGCAAGAAAGUAUAUGAAGCGUGUAUCAUCAGAGCUUGAUGCACUGAGUGGACCAGAGAAGGAACCAAACCGAGAGUUUUUGAUUCUGCAAGGCGUGCGUUUUGCUUUCCGUGUUCAUCAGUUUGCGGGAGGCUUUGAUGCGGAGAGCAUGAAGGUUUUUGAAGAACUGAGGAGCCGUGUGAAAACACAAACAGGCGAAGACAACAAGCUAGAAACAUGAGGUUUUUCUCUCUUUCUAUUUUUUUUUUCCCUUCACUUAUGUAUAUCCAAGUUUAUGUUUAACAUUUCAUCUUUCAUAUUGAUCUCCAUGUUGGGAUAUUGAAAGACAUGGUUUAUAUGUUGUACGAACAUCAGUUAUGAUUAAAUGAAAAGAAAAAAGUAUAAAGUCUUUAUAGGGUAAA